GGUGACGCGCCGCGGCGGCGGGCCGACGGCCAUGCAGCGCUCGCGGACGGCCGCAGACGACGCGGCUCUGCUCCUGGCCGGGCUGGGCCUGCGCGAGCCGGAGCCGGCCGCCGACUCCCCCGGGCGCGUGCGGCGCGGGCCUCGGGCGGCGGACGAAGCGGCGCCAGCGGCGGGCCGCAGAGGCAAGGGCGGAGGCGGCGGCGGCGGCGGCGGCCCCGAGGCCGCGCCCGACAUCCCGAGCCGCCCCGAGCGAGGCCCGCGCGCCAGCCUGGCGGGCUCGGACGGCGGCAGCGCGCGCUCCAGCGGCAUCAGCCUGGGCUACGACCAGCGCCACGGCCCCGGCCCCGGGCCGCCGUCGGGGGGCAGCGCGCGCUCCAGCGUGUCCAGCCUGGGCUCCCGCGGCUCGGCGGGCGCCUAUGCCGACCUGCUGCCGCCCGGUGUCGGCCCCGCGCCCGCCCGCUCUCCGGAGCCCGCCCCGUUCCCGUUCCCGUUGCCGUCGCUGCCGCUACCCCCGGGCCGGGAGGGCGGCCCGAGCGCGGCAGAGCGGCGGCUGGAGGCGCUCACGCGGGAGCUGGAGCGCGCGCUCGAGGCGCGCACGGCGCGAGACUACUUCGGCAUUUGUAUCAAGUGUGGGCUUGGCAUCUACGGCGCGAGGCAGGCGUGCCAGGCAAUGGGGAGCCUGUAUCACACCGACUGCUUCGUCUGUGACUCCUGCGGGAGACGACUCCGCGGGAAGGCCUUCUAUAACGUGGGUGAGAAAGUGUACUGCCAGGAGGACUUCCUGUACUCCGGGUUCCAGCAAACAGCUGACAAGUGUAGCGUGUGUGGACACCUUAUCAUGGAGAUGAUCCUGCAGGCCCUUGGCAAGUCCUACCACCCCGGGUGCUUCCGCUGCUCAGUGUGCAACGAGUGCCUGGAUGGGGUCCCCUUCACCGUGGACGUGGAGAGCAAUAUCUACUGCGUUAGAGACUACCACACGGUGUUUGCACCAAAAUGUGCUUCCUGUGCCCGCCCCAUCCUCCCUGCACAGGGCUGUGAAACAACCAUUCGUGUGGUGUCCAUGGACAGAGACUACCAUGUGGAGUGCUACCACUGUGAGGACUGCGGGCUCCAGCUGAGCGGGGAGGAGGGACGCCGCUGCUACCCCCUGGAGGGGCAUCUGCUCUGCCGCCGAUGCCACCUGAGGCGCCUGGGACCCGGCCCGCUCCCCUCGCCGGCUGUGCACGUGACUGAGCUCUGAGAAGCAGCCAUCAGGAGAGACGGAUGACCCACGCUCCCCUCUCUUCCCCCCUCCACCGAGCUGCUGUCCUUACGCAGGGGCCGGACCCCCGCGACAGAUAAUCGAUUUCUAUUUAUUCACCAUCCGUGCCUCAAGCCACUUCCCCUGUUGGGUUCUGGGACACCCGCACCCUGCAGCCUCGGGACAGGCCCAGCUCCUCCGCCUGACCUCAGCUCCCAGAGGCAGGGCUUGGAGGGUCUUGGUGCCAUGGGGGAAGGGUGCCUUGUUUGUGUGUGAUCACAGCCAGGGAGCAGUGACAACCUGGGCAUGCCGUGGUUUGGCCUUGAUGGGUGUUUUCAGCCACAGUCCUCCCCCUCUCUGGAUCCCAGCCUGGGCCAGUGCUCUUCCAGCAUCAGCCCCAGAAGACCCUGUGCGAAUUCAGACGCAGAGAGAAAGCCCACGAGGGCUCCCCGCAGACCCCGGGAGCAUCUGCGCGCACUGUCUCAGGCUCCACCACAAAACUAUGUGAUUUGACUUAAAUUAAGUUCCCCCCAAGGAGGAUGUUGGCAUUUUCUUUAAAAGAAUAUAGUUUUCUUCUAAAAACUC